UGCUUUUAGCCGGCUUCCUCACUCGUGCAAUACUCUUCAGUGCUGAAUGAGUUCAGCUUGAAUGCAAGAUGUCCUUGAAAAGGCUGAUUCAACAGAGCGGCAAUGCCAACUGUGUGGGCUACUGUCUCAGCUCAAAUUACAGCCCAUCUUUGGAGCCAUUCGCCUUUCCACCUUUGGACAACCAGAGAAGACAAGGGUCCCUAGACCCAACUGGGACAUUGUCCAAGGACUGCAAACAGCUUGCUUUAAAUAGAACGAGUUCCAUAGGCAGAACUUUUGGCCCACACAGAAAGACAUUUAAAAUCUUCAAGGAAGACAAUGAAACAUUUGGAUUUGAAAUCCAGUGCCAAAGUAAUCGUUUCAUGGAAAUUUGCACUUAUAUUUGCAACGUGAAAAAAGGAAGCCCAGCAUUUCUUACUGGACUCCAACAUGGUUACAUCUUGAUCAACAUCAAUGGAGUGAGCACCGAAGGGCUAAGUCACAAAGAACAGGUGGACAUGAUUAAAUCAUCUAGGAAUCUUUUAAGGUUAGAUACUGUGAAUGAAGCCCUGAUUAUGAAAAGAAUGGAACUGGAAACCAAGUUGCAUUGCAUGAAGAAAACUCUGCAAGAUAAGUUGACCGAGCUCCAGGCCCUGUGCUUACGAGAAAAGCACCUUGCUCGCGGAGAAGUGUGCUCACUACCAGAUUCUGCAGGAUUAGAAGGACCUAAUAUAUUUGGUGAUCAUGCUGGAUUAGAGUCUCCAUUGGGCUGUAAGCCCCGAUUUUCCAGUGAAAGCAGCUGCUUAAGCCAUCUUAGCUCAAUGACCCUGGAUAGUGAGGACAGUUUUUACCAAUCCAGUGUUUUCGAAGACCCCGCUAAGGAGGUUUUUAGCCGACAAUCAAGCACGGAAGACGACUGCUUUCUUCCAACUGGUAGUAAUCAAGUGAAGAAGACGUCACUGAGAAGGCAUCGGAGUAUCAGUGUGACUAGCAAUAUCUGUAGAUCUCCUUCAAAGAAUGGAGAUAACGUCUCAAAGAUCUUUGGGACUCUCCCACGGAAAAGCAGAAAGGGAAGUAUUCAAAAGAAGCUGCUGACUUUCAUUCCUGGCCUUCACCGAGCUGUGGAAGAGGAUGAAAGUCGGGUCUGACAAUGGAACAAGUUGAGAAUGACAUAGUUCACAGAAACCUUGGAUGGUAAUUUGCAUUUUUGAAAUCAAACCAGGCCUGCAUUUCAUAUUCUCAAUCAGUAAAACAAUGGAAGUAAAAUAAAUAGUUUGGAUUGAUAGUUUUGAGGGUUUUUUCUGAUAUAGCUUCUAGACAAUUGGAUUGAUAACAUACAUUUGGGUGUUAUUUGUGGAUUUUUGGCGGGAAGCAGGAAAGAUGGUGACUAGAGUUGUUGCCUAGUAACACUACAAUAUAGGCCUGAAACAAUGAGAAAGCAGCAAUUUGUAGGAACUAAGACUUCAUGUACACCUAUAAGUGUUCAAUUGCUAGCAAGACAAUUUAAAAAUAUAUAUUUUUUAAUAACAAUAUAUAUUGUCUUGGUUCUCCAACAUCUGACUCACACCUUGUAAAUCUAGUUGAUGUCACUAGUUUGUGUCACUCUAAUGUUUGAGGUAAGCAAAUGGUCUUUGCCCAAGGACCCAUACUGGUAAAAAAAUACCCAGUCUCUCACAUCAAAGGUGGCAUUCUAACUACUGUCUAGCAUGUGAGGGCAACAUUAGGAAAAAGGAUUUAUGGGAAGCUGGAGAAGUACCAGGACCUAUACGGAGGAGCUAGAGAGGAUGUGGAAAGUAGAGGCCAAAGUGAUCCCAGUAGUGACAUGAGCACUGGGGGCUUUGACUCCUAAGCAGGGGGGGGGGGAGAGAGAUUCCAACUAAUACCAGGAACGGCGUCAAUAUCCAGAAGAGGGCAGUGCUAGGAACAGCCAAGAUCCCUCAAACUCCCAGGCCCCGGGCAGGAUCCAAGAUUGAGAAAGACACAGACCACCCAUAGGGGUAAAAAGGAUUUUUUUUAAAAAAAAUAUUGUGAUCAACUGAUAUAUUUGAAAUUAUGAUCACAUGGAAGAAGUACCAGAAAUCUGAGUAUGUUCAGAGAAAUGCAAUGACUUUUAUAAUUGGAAUAGUUUGGAAGAAUAUAAACACCACAAAGCCAAUUGCAAUAAGGAUGAGCAUUAAAACAGCUUGACAAGCUACUAUACUCAUCUAGCUAUAGUCCACACAGUGCUGGGAUUCAGCUGGUUCGCACCACUUCAGCAGAACCAGUAGCUAAUUUUUUUGUUGCUCAGGCCCAGAAUGGACUUCUGGAAGCAGCAUCCACACAGAGAACCGGUUGUUCACAUAUUUGAAUCCUACCACUGAGUCCACACCUUACUUCUUGUGGAGGAACUGAAGCUGGCGUAGGCCCAAAGGAAAUGUUGUUAGCAUACUGAAUUACAAUAAUAGCUACUGCUUUUAGAUUUUUAUAUACUGAUAUUUCCUGUUCUGUGAACUCCCCGGCUUAUUACAGACGAACUCAGCAUUGAAAGAGGAAGUGCUUUAGUACAAAGAUUCUACCUCUUCUUCUUCUUUUUCUCUUUGUAAAUAUAGUCUGAAUAAUAACUAAACCCAUGGGUUAGAAUAUCGGUCUUUUAAGCAUUCAAACUUUGUAUUUAUUGGCCACUGCUUUGUGUUUGAGUUAGUUGAGAACUGUGUUGCCUUAAUAUGGAUGCUGAAAUUCCAGUGAACUCUUGAAAAAUGGAAACACUGGAGAUUUGUCAUUGAAGGCUGGAAAAAAAAAAAAA